AUGACAGUUGGCAAGCUCGAUGCCCGCCAGAGCAGACUGGUUCAGAUAGUGAAGAACACUCGUCUGCAGGCGAAGAAAAAGUCGGAUGUGGAGCUCAGGAAGCUGAAGGGCGCAGCCGUGAAGGUUUUAUGCCACGUCAGGCGUUCCAAGAAGUUGAGGCCCGAGCAGCUGUUCGACCUCAUGGACGGGAACAGCGAUGACCAGCUGGACGAGAAGGAGUUUGUUGCAUUCUUCAAGACUGCGGACACAGAUGUGAAGACUCUAGAGGUCGUGAUCACCACCAAGGAGGUCCCGAUAGAGGAUGAGCCCGCGCCCGUUGCGGAAGCAUCGGCCGAGGUGGCCGCAACGCCAGAGGGUCCGACUGCCUCGGAGGGCGCACCACCGGCUUCAGAGGCGGCGCCGGAGGCAUCCAGCGAAGCCGUGCCCGACGCCGAGAAGCCCGCCGGUGACAGCCCUGCCGACGCCGCCCCGACGGGCGGCACUCCCGGAGAGGGCACCCCCGGCGAUGGCACCUCUGCCGACGACGUGGCCACCGAGGGCGCCCCCGCCGAGGGCUGCGGCAGCGGCGAGAUGGCCCCAGCGGCGCCGAAGGGGGAGAUCGUUGUUCACGAUCCCGAGGCUGCCAGGCAGCUGGACGAGGAGCUGAAGAAGUUUGCUGCCAACGGGCGCGCGCCUCCCGCGGCGAGGAAGUUCAGGACGGUCCAGGAGGCGAAGGUCGUCGAGCGCGGCGAGACGGUGGAGCUCCCCCCCGCGGAGCUCCCCAGGCUGUUCCAGCACAUCCUCGAGGAGGGCUCCGCUGCGAUCUCGCGGGAGGCCCUGGCCCGACUGGUGCAGGUGUGCUAUACCGUGCUGCGGCCGCCGGGCGAGGGCUCCGGCUGGGAGGGGCGCCCGCCGCUGGUGGGGGAGGUGGUCGAGGUGCUGCAGGGGCCCGAGAUGGAUAGCACGACCGGGGAGCUGCGCGUCCAGGCCAAGUCCCUGGUGGACGACGCCGAGGGCUGGCUGACGGUGGUGGGGAGUGACGGCAGCGCGUUCCUGAAGGAGGGCGGCCGGCGCCUCCGGACGCUGAGGGCCGCGCCGCUCACUGGCUCCCUCGCGCCCGGGGGCGAGGUGCUCAGGAAUCUGUACGCGGGGGAGCUGCUGUCCGUGGAGGAGUGGCCGACCAGGGACGAGGCGUCGGGCAGCAUGCGCGCGAAGGUGAGGACCCUGAUGUUCGGCGCCGCGGAGGGCUUCGUGACCACCUGCGACGACACGGGUGCCUGGCUCGCUGAGGGGGUCGCCUAG